GGAAGGAAAGUACACCGAAGUUGAUAUGGCAGGAAAAGAAGUAACUGAAAACAAUUACAUUUGGUACAUGAAAACUGCAGUUGCCUUUGCUUGCAUCAGAUGCAAACCUAAUGGCCUCUCUGCCAGAGAGUUUACGGAGAAGUUGUGUGCUCAGUACCGUGCAGCAGAGGGUCUGUGGAAACAAAAGUAUGAACAAGCGCAGCAGACAGUCUUGAGACUCAAACAGUCACAGGAAUUGCAGUCACAUAUAAAUUUUUCAGGUUUAUCAGAUAUAAUCCCGUUUGUUUCAUUUGACAACUGUAGUUUGUCGCAUAAUGGAAAUGAAGAACCAAUGGAAAUGGAUGGGAAUUUUGAGCAUGUAAGACACAACACCGACUUCAUUAAAAGUUAUCUUCUGUUGAAGCAGCUAAAUAGGGAAAUAUCUGAAAAAGUCACAUCAAGUACUUCACUUCAAUCAACACUUGAAAAUUCCUUGACUCUGAUCUGCAGGAGUAUACACCACGAUGAAGUUUUAUCCAUCCAAAUAAUCACAGACUGUUUUCGAGUCAUCAGACAUUUGAGUUCUCUUAUGGAGCACCAUUUUCCACAUGAACAACUGAAAGAACUAGUACUAAUCAUUAUAGACAGAGUUCUGAGAAGUGAUAAACUUGAGAGAAAACAGCGGGGGGAAUUAAUCUUCACAUUAAGAGAUCUCCUGAUUCCUCCAUUGAGAGGACAUAUCUUGGACAGCUUAUUGGCAGCUAUUGAAACUUUUUCCAUUCACCUGAGAACUGUGAGUCAAAGUGCUACACCACUGAACACAGAGAUGUACGAAAACAUGUAUUUUGUCUUCGAUAUGUUUGAAAUUGUUCUUCAAGACGGCAAGAGUCAAGGUAGUGUUAACAUUAAAGGAGAAAGUGUCAGACAGGAAAUAACCAGUACUGGACAGCCUCCUACAGCAGACCUUCUAUCGGAAGUUACUGAAAGGCUUGAUCAAUGUGUAUUGUACAUUUCAGAUAUAUUUCCUCUGUUUGCCUGUAAAAUAUGGCUCAUUAAAUGCAAGCAUUUGUAGAAUUUCAUUAAAUAUCAUA